CUACAUCAACAAUAGCCAGCACGUUUCGUAAGCGAAAUAACAUUUGUUUAUGUCCGGUUCUAUACAGGACCACAUUUGCUGAUUUGUGAAGUUUAACAGAGACAUACUGCCUGGCAUAGAAUGCAUCGGUUAUUAUUAAUUCUAGUAUUAUGUAGUAUUGUGUACUAUACUGAGUCAACCAAAGAAUGCAGAAAGCUAAGACAACCAUCACGUGGAAAUAUAUACUAUCUGACAGCAGAUGGAGCAGAUAAGCUCACCUAUCCUGUUGGUUAUACACUAAGAUUUGUAUGUGAUGAUGGUUUUACAUUGACUGGAACUACAUUUCGUAGUUGUUCAUCAAAUGGAAGGUGGUCAGGACAACAUGUCACGUGUCGAGCUCCUCCAUGUAGAAGACCGGAAGCACCAGAAAAUGGGGGCAUCAUAGAAGACAGAUAUGUAUUUCAUCAUGGUGAUGUAGUGAGUUUCUUUUGUAAUGCUGGAUAUCAAUUGAAUGGAAUAAGUAGGACAACAUGUGAAUUAGGUUCUGUUUGGAAUGAUCAUGUUCCUACAUGUCAACCAAAUGUAUUUUGUAGUGAUCCUGGUUACAUUUCCAAUGGUACUCGUACUGAAGAGAAUAUUUAUUCUGAUGUAGAAGAUCCAAUUGGAUCACCUCUAUAUAUUUAUGAAAGCACUGUGACAUAUUCUUGUAAUGCAAGAUAUCGUAUGGUAGGAGCAUCUAGUAUAUCAUGUUUAUUAAAUGCUACUUGGUCUGCUGAUGUACCUUAUUGUGAAG